UAAGUCAAAUGAUGAAAAAUUCUGAGACAUUCCCCCCUUUAGCCACCUCCCACUAGGCAGUAAUAAACAAGAGCUCACCAUCUCUUUAUCUUCCCUAACUUCUCUCCCUUCUUUUCAGGCUGAAGAACAAAAACCAAAUAAAAAUGUUGGGGAAAAAGAUGGGUUCCUUGAAGAAGCUAGCCAAGAAGGUGAAGAGCAUGCGUGGAGGAGAUGGUGAGGAAUCCAAAUAUGAAUGGUUGCUAAGGGAAUUUGAGGAAAUGACAUCGCCUACUACAGCCUCAACCCCACCAGGGUCAUUUGCUAUUUAUGUUGGAGAGAAUGAAGAAAGAUUUGUAGUGCCAACCAACUUCUUGUCUCAUCCACUCUUCAAGAUGUUGUUGGAGAAGUCUUACAAUGAAUAUGGUUUCCAACAAAGGGACAAACUAGUUGUUCCAUGUAGCGUCUCAACGUUUCUAGAAGUUGUCAAUGCUGUAGAAUGUUGUAAUGGGAAGUUUGAUUUUGGAAAACUAGUUGAGGAAUUUCUUUAGUCUCAAGAACUAGGGAACCAUAAUCUUUUUUUUUUAACAUAUGUUUGGAGUUUAUAGUUGUAUGAAUGCAUUAGAGCUGUAGUUCUGGUGUACCCUACACAUGCAGUUUUGCUGCACUGCUGAUUUUGAUCAUGUUAAUAACUUUCCUGGGUAGAGUUAGAUUGAAUCGAGUUCAAAGCUACUUUAGGUGAAUUGGUUCCUAAACUUCUGCAUGUAAACAUUUGCAGAAGAAGAGAAUUUGAUACAAUUAAAAUGGAUCAUUUCCAGGCUUCUUCCUCUGUCUUUCUUCUGUCUGGACCAAAUCAGAGACAGGUAGUUUAAGCAAGGACAAGAACCACAUCAAGAAGUUAUUAACAUGAUCAAAAUCAGCAGAACGCCCUUGUUGACGAUCCUCUACUCCGACAGCAUCUAGGCAUUUGAGAUGCUUAACAUUUUACCCAACAUUAUGUUGCUCUGAUUGGAGUGUGUUUAUUGUUUUUUCUUAGUUUUUGCAUUGCAAUCCCAAGGAAAAGAAGGCCACAGUGGGAAUAAACUUUUCUUAGUUAUUUCAGAUCAACAA